UCUGUCAAGGCUAUACGAGGGAUAUUUGUCUUUUGUGUGAUUGUGUCUCAGAGCCCAAGUAUGAGGGGUCGCACCAGGUCCAGAACGGCUUUGGGUGUGGGGUGGGGGCCAUGCACCCCCACCACAAAGGUAGCGGACAGAUCCAGCUGUGGCAGUUUCUGCUGGAGCUGCUGUCGGACGCGGUGAACGCGCACUGCAUCACGUGGGAGGGCGCGCGCGGCGAGUUCAAGCUCACAGACCCCGACGAGGUGGCGCGCCGCUGGGGAGCGCGCAAAGCCAAGCCCAACAUGAACUACGACAAGCUGAGCCGCGCGCUGCGCUACUACUACGACAAGAACAUCAUGAGUAAGGUGCACGGCAAGCGCUACGCCUACCGCUUCGACUUCCAGGGGUUGGCCCAGGCGUGCCAGGCUCCGGUUUCGGACCCCACUGCCUAUAAACUCCAGUCCGCGCUCACCCCGCGCCACUUCAAUUCCAGCUUCCACAAGCUCAACUUGGUCACUGGGGCUGCCGCCCCGGUCUCUCCACCCACCCAGUUCCCCUACCCGUGGGCUCACCACCAUCGCCACCACCAUCAGCAGCACCAGCAACAGCAGCACCAGCAGCAGCAGCAGGCAAUAGUCUCUUCAAGGACCGGCUCAUCAGCUCUUGGUGUCCCAGGGCUGCCACAUUGGGUCAUCAACCUCAUUCGCCUCUUCCUCAUCGCCGUCCUCCUCUGCUGCCUCCGUCGCUGCUGCUGCCGCUGCUGCCUCCUCGCACCUGGCGCUGCAACCAUCGCACCUGUUCGGGGGUCUGGCGUGCGCGUCUCACCUGGGCACGUCUCACCUGGGCCAUCAUCACCAGCACCACUUCGCAGGGCUCUUCCCAGAUGCGCCCUGAGCCCAGCCCACCAGCACUGGGGAAGACAAAGGCCGCCGGGCAUGGUGCCGGCCACCUACUCCUUCGUGUUGGCCUUAAUAAGUGCUCGCUGACAGCACUUGCCCCAGCAGUCUCUUAAGGUUAUAUAGGGGAUCUCUGUGUUUUGGGAGGAGCGGUAGUGUAGUGGUCAUAGCACUAUGAACUAUGCGACCCGCGUUUGAUUCCCGCUCACGGCCAACAUCAGUGGCGAAUAUCGAAACCAUUACUGGACCUCCCUUAUAGGUCAACUCGGCCUCAAAUGAGAACCUGGUGCUGUGUAAACAUCAGCACUGGGGAGACAAAGGCGGCCGGGAGCGGUUAUGGCCACGCCACCACCUUGUGUGCUGUUACAGCCUUCACAGGUGCUUGCUAACAGCCCUUGCCCCAACAGUCUUAAAGGCUAUAUGGGGGAUCUGUGUCUUUGGGGAUGUACUCUAGUUUCUAGUGUGCAUGUCUAUGUUGUUAUGCCUGUGUAAGUGUUAUGUUUGAGUGAAAGAGCCGUUGUUAAUAUAUCAGCAGUGUCUUGUCUCAUGAUGGCCUAUUAUACAGAGAUAGUGACUCAGAAGGGUAAAGAUGGGAGCCAGUUUUGACAUCUGUACGACGGAACUUGGAAAAGCCAUUUGCUGC